CGGCGCGGCGCUUUAGUGCGCACGGAGAGGCCGACGCGGAGCAUGCGACCGCCGCCAUGGCCGCCAACAAGCUCGACUACUCCCGGCUGCUCGACGACGAGUUCCUGAACCGCACCCCGGAGCGAGGCCGGGGCUGCGCCGUGUCGCGGGGCGCCGCGGAGGUGCUGGGCCUCCAGGGCAACCUACCCGCGGACGACGGCUGGAGCGGGCCUUCGCGUGUCACCGUGUUCCUCUACGGCGCCGCCAUGGCCGCCGCCGUGCUCAUCUCCAUCAUAUUCGCCCUGCUCCUGGUGCACGCGCACCAGGAAGGCGUCCAGCGCCUGCAGACCCUCGGCAUGCCCUUCGCGCAGCGCCUUACCAUGGACAACGAGUCGCUUCUCGACACGGAAAACGAGUUGCCUAUCGACGCAGACGAGGAGUCGAUUCUCGACACGUCACCCUCUCCCACGGGCGAUGCCCACGAUUACGCGGAGGACUAUAACUACGACGACGACCCACACGAGCAUGAUCACGGAGAAGAUCACGAUCACAAUGUGCACGGUGCCGCCGAUGAGACCGAACACCAUAUCGCUCUCGCGGGAGGGUUCGAGGACGCCGAUGAAGACCACGAUCAUCCGCAGGGACUGCACGAGCACGUGAACCCGGGUGACGUGGUCAUGGAGGACCACCACAUCGUUCCGGCAGGUGAUCCGGAGCCCCCCGAGUACGUGCUGCUGCUGUGCCUGCCAAUCAAGGGAGCAGCGCAGGCCAACGCGACGAACAUCACAGAGUCCACGCUCCACCUGAGCCGCGCGCAGCGCGACGUGGUGCACUCCGUGGUGGAGUACGUGUCCGAGGCCGCGCAGUGCCACCUCAUCGUGCUGCAGGGGGUGGGGGAGGAGGCCCAGGUGAACGCCACGACACAGGCGCCGGUCAACGGAACGGCGCCCAAGAUCAUCGGGUUCAACACGGGAUGCGGAGCCCCGGAGGACGCGGACGACGAGCUGGUAGGGGCCGAGGCCGACGGCCACUUCGUCCUCACCACCGGGCGCACCCUCCCCGUCAUACGCUGGGACGCGGCGUCGCUGUUCGCCAACUCCCCGCUGACCUCCGUGUGGCGGAACCUGCGCACGCGCCGGGCCGCGGGGGCGUCGUCAUCGCCCACCUCCGCCGCGGCCUCGGCGGCGGGCCCGGACCUCCUAGGGGUGUCCGCCAGGGUGCAGCUCCUGUGGCGGUACGCCGGGCUUUCCGUGGACCUCGGUGCAUCCUCUGACAAAGCGCUCAAGGCGCUGAGCGUCUUCAACCGCUCCGAUACGACCCACGUCUACCUGGAGACGACGCGAGCGGUGCUGCUCGCGGCGCCCCAGACCUGCAACGCCGUCGUGUUCGACCUCAUCAAAGCCAUCAGCAGCGACGCAGCGGACGGCACCACGCAAGCACAGGCCGAACACUACGACGUUGCGGACGUGAAGGUGUUCGACGACGUCCUGAACGCGUACUGCCGUGGCAACCGACGUCACGCACGCUCCGUCAACGACACCGAUGGUACUACCACGACGACAGAGGCCAGCCCUGCGACGGCUGCCCCCUCAACGGAGACGCCAUCCUCGACGACGGUCACUUCCACUUCGGUUGCCGCGACUUCCAUCGCACGGCCCUCCACCAGGCCGCGGCCCGCCCGGGCGAGGACGGCCUUCAACAUGCUCCGGCCAGGCCCACCGGUGCCCCAAACCACCCCGGAGCCGGUGGACAUCCGGGUGGACACGACUCGUUGCAGGGGAAACCUAGUGGCCAUCUCGCUGGCGUAGCACUUAUCUAUUCUAUAUUUAUUUUUGUACAGUACGAGCUAAGAAUAAAAUUGUAAAUAUCCCAUUGA